GGGUUGGAGUGAAUACCAACAGGAUGGCAGAUCUGCCGGAACAGCGUUGGGCAGCCCUGUUAUAGCUGGAAAUGGUUAUGAUGUACGACUUCAGAAUCAGAAUCAUUCUCGUGGUCAUUCACAUGUUUUCUGUUCAUGGUUUGGUGAGGUGACUGACAGACAGUGAAAGCACAGGAGGGUGGAGGAAAGGGGUUCACAGGAGUGACAGGGCUGUGUGGAGCAGUUGUUGAUCAGUGUCUUGGAAACUGGCAGUUAAUUGGUCAUUGAGAGCAGCUGUGGCGCAUUUUCUCUUGUCCAAUGAGGGUAUGACGACACUCUUCCUGUUGGCAUUAAAAGAGGCAGGAAAUGCCACAUCCAAGUUCAUUUUCUGAUCCUGCUAUCUCUGCCUAUGCUACUCAUGGUCACAGCUUUAUUUCAGCUUGGCUCUCUGCUGGCCUUUUAGGACAUUUUGGUUGAGAUUCAUUUAUUUAAUUGUCAGGCCGAUGGAGGAUAAGCGUUUCAAGAGGGCCCACAGGGACUGGAUUUGCACAGGGUCCAGAAUUUUGUGCUACACCCUGCAAGAGGACAUUGGUUAAAGCGAUUCAUUUAUUUCAGUGUAGAAUACCAGAGGAAGGUGCAACUGCAAGGGCGGGGGAUGGAUGCUGGACUGCUUCGGGGAGAAAUCUGGAACCUAUAAACUUCAGACAACUUCUGUGAAAGCCUUUGCCGUGCAUCCGCUGAUUGGCCGAUUCGGAGGCCCGCCCCCCCCUUCCCGUGGUCCUCCAACCCUGGAUGCUUCCUGUUGCCCUGGAGCCAAUCGCAGCCAAUCGACGACCCCGACCAGCAACGGCAGCGGCGGUGGUGUUAUAAGAGCAGCCGACGUGGAGUCCAGCGGAGCAGACGCCUGCGGCCGCGGUCUUCAGCUGAGGGAGGGAGAGCGCUCUCGCUGUGCUGAAGCCCAUGCGUGGAUUCCACACUGCAGAACCUUCUGGAACUUCUCAAUACCUGUUCUGCUGCUCUCGCCUACAGGAGUACCCCUGAACUUCCAAAGAACUGAACCUAUGUGGGCGUGUCUCUGUGACAGCGUGUGUGUCAGGGCCAAUUAGAGGGAGGCGGAGAGCUCACCACCCCCCGAGGAGCACCCGAAAAAGAGAUGAGAGAGGAGCUCUCCCACGCCGAGUCCCCCGAGGGGGGGCUGGCAGCCAGCGAGGAGGAGCUGGAGCUCGGCCCGAAGAGGGCUGCCGUCACUGUGACGCCCGCCGGGGUCAACGGGCGCAAGCGGGUGCCCUGCCCCAAAAAGGACGCCGCCGGCCGGGCCGAGGAAGGGGGCCUGGGAAGCCCCGGCUGCCUGGUCGCGUCGGGCCCCAAGCGGCCCAAGAGGAGCCCCCCGGUGGCGGUGGCGAUGGCGGGGCCGGGACCGGGGCCGGGGCCAGGGCCGGGCCCCGAGCAGCCCUUCGAGGACCUGCACAGCCAGCGGGUGAUCGCCAACGUGCGGGAGCGGCAGCGGACGCAGUCGCUGAACGACGCCUUCGCCUCGCUGCGCAAGAUCAUCCCCACCCUGCCCUCGGACAAGCUGAGCAAGAUCCAGAUCCUCAAGCUGGCCUCGCGCUACAUCGACUUCCUGUACCAGGUGCUGCAGAGCGACGAGAUGGACAGCAAGCUGGCCAGCUGCAACUACCUGGCACACGAGAGACUCAGCUACGCCUUCUCAGUCUGGAGGAUGGAGGGGGCCUGGGCCAUGUCCGCCUCCCACUAGCCCCCCCCCCCCCACCCCUUUAAACCUCACCCUCCCUCCACCUCCGCCUUUACUGCACCCUCCGCUCCAUCCUCGCUCGACCCUCCCUCCACCCACAGACUCCAUCUUUACUCCACCCCCCACCUCUAUCCUCACCUCCGACUCUCUGCUUACUCCACCUGUCCUUCGCCUCCACCCCCAACUCAACGCUAAAGCCUUCCCGUACCUCCACCCUCACCCCAUCCUUUCUUCAUCCUCCUUCAACCCUCACCUCAACUCUUACUCUACCCCACCUCCAUUCUGCCCAUGCUCUCGUCCCCACCCUUACCCCCACCUCUACAUUCACCCUUCAUCCCCACCUCCAUCCUAAACUCAACACUUACCUGCCUCUGUUAUAUAUACCUCCGCCCCACCUCUACACUCUUCCUCUCUCACCUCCAUCCUAAACCCAAAACUGCCCUGCACCCCUCCUUUACCUCCACCUCUACGCUCUCUCUCUCACCUCCAUCUUAAAUCCAACACUUACCUGUACCUCUCCUUUAGCUCCACACCCACCUAUACACUCUCCAUCUCUCACCUCCAUCCUACACCCAACACUUGCCUGUACCUCUCCCUUACCUUUGCCUCCACCCCCACCCUGCAUCCUAAUCUCACCUCCUCACUGCCUCAGAAGCCAAGCAGAUCAGCAGCAGCACCCCAUCAUGGUGGCUGUCACUCAUCUUUCUGAAAAGAGAAGGAACCUCCCCUGUCUGACACGGGGCCGCCCCAUCCCCUCUCCUCCUCCAGCGCUUACGGAUGUGAACCCCGCCCGGAUAAGAACCUGGACCCGUCGUGUAGGGCAGAAUUCUCUGGGCGCUGUCGACGAAUUGUUGUCUUUCGCCUGCUUGUUUGUGUGAAUAGCCAUGAGGCCCGAGGCCUCUGCCCUUUUUUAAUAAGCUGUGUGAGGGGCGCUAGCGUGAUCCAGCCGUGCUUUAAAAGAAUGGAGACGGACCUGUGAGAGAGACUGAAUGUCGCGUGGGGACACUGGCGCCGGUGUUCUCUCCCACGGCAAGGUUUGAUCGCAGCUGACCUGUGCCUUUUUAUGACCACUCUCACGAUAUUCUAAAGGAAGCCUUGAAUCGAACAGCAAUGAAUUAAAAUGUGGAUAAGUCUUUGAGGUUAAUUUUGCUGGUGCAUGUUUACAAUGGUAUUUUGGGAUGUGCGUCAAUGCUAUUGUGUGAAAUCAUCCCCUUGAGAUGAACAGUAGACUGGGAAAAAUCGGCUGUAUCCCAAAUAUGACUUCAGCUGACUGUUCUUGAGUAAUGUAUGGGUCAUUAAAAGUAAGUGGGUUUGUACAGUGCUUUCUAUUUAAAACCAAUGAAAGGUAAAUGGGAAGCUUCCGAGACAUUUAUAUUAAAUUAGCACCUGUAAUAAAAAGGUUUGUAAUCACCAGUUUGGUAGUAUGAUUAGUAUAUGAUACCAACUUCAGACACUAAAGGGCUUUAUCUACAGGUGACCCUGAUUCUUAAAGCCUGGCAGGGUAUUUUUUUCACACACAUUGUCCCUACAUCUUUUCAAGACAUUUCAGAUUUGAGGAAGAGAAUUAGCCACCAAUAGAUCUGUUCCUACCCACUAGCACCGUGAUUCUCAGCUUUUUUGGUCUCUAGGAUGAGCAUAGGCCCACAGACUUGGGGUUGAGAACUGCAUGUAUUUAGUGUAUUUAGGGCUAAUGUCUAUUAUUGAAGAAUUUGAAUUAAGUACUAGAAAAACAUUGGACCGGAUUUCUAGCCUAUGAAUAAGCAACCAAAUUUCACAUUUUGGAUUGCCAUGACAUGGCAUGUUUAUGGACAGUAUGUGUUGAAUUUUCCCCUAAAAUCACAAGAUUUGAACUCAUUUCUUUCCUGGUUCCCAAACACUUUUACAACCACUCUGUGUUUUCUUCUUACUUCCACCAACAAGCAGGAGGAAAGAAGCUGAAAUGGCAAUCAUGUGGAAAACCCAUAAACUCUUCAAACACAAGCUUUCAAUAUCUAAAAUUAGUUGGCAGGUAAAAUUUACUAAUGCCUUUUUUAACGAGCUGCAUUAAUGUCACAAAAAUAAUUUGAACCCUCAUUAAACACUGAUUCUUUUGGCAUCAAACUCAAUAUAUACUGUAGGACUCUUUUUU